AGCUAAUAGAGGUCGCAUUAAGACCUUAGACCUCCUGCAGGCUGUCUCGACUGCCUGCUUUUGAGGCCUGCAGCUCUAAAGAAUCUCCAACCAUGACAUCUAUCCUUGUUGUCUCUUUUGUUUUAAUGUAAAAUUAUCUGCUUUGUCACCUCGAAGCAUCCUUACACAUUUUAAUGUCCAGGACCCCAGGUUCAGGUUCUGGAGUAUUAAUGUUGAUGUCUUGAAGGUGACCUCUAAGUUCAGUUCCGUUCCCAGGCUGUGCAGGCAUAUCCUUUCAAUAAAUCUAAAUAAAAAGUACUGACAAAUUUUUGGCAAUCUUUUUAUUUUUAUGUAGACAGGGUGGUAUGACCAUCUCAAAAUGAUAAACAUCAACAUCCGCCAACUUGCUAAUGAUGAUGUAUAUUGAUUCAGUGGAACUACGCUAAGAGCUCAUGUAAAGAAACUAACUGUUGCGAUUCACAUGUCACAUGUUUGUGAAGCAAUCCAUUCAUUAGCUCAGUCAUUUAGCUUCCCAGUCGUGGCAUGAAUGAAGGAAAGGAGGGUAAAUGUGUAAAUUUACCGCAGCUUGUGGCUUUUGGCAACUCCUGCACAUGCAUUUAAUGUGCACAUUACAAGUAAUAGAGAGAAUAUGCAACAUGCUGCUUUAGUGUCGAAAGUUAUCUAUAUUACUUUAUUGGCUGUCUUAUUUUGAAAUGAUUUUAAUAACAUAUUUAUGAAAAGACCUGUUCAAAAAGAAGAGGGGAAACCUCCAAAUGGCAGCCCCCAUUAAUUUUGCAGUCAUUCCAAGGAGUCCUGCUGGACGUAAGGGAUGAACUCUACUGGACAUGACGGAUCACGUACCACCCAGUUGAUCAGCUAAAUGGGUGGGAGUCUGGUGCUGCAGAUCGAUGGUACAAGUGGUUUUGGUGAGAGCAUGAAAGAGCAUGGUGAUACCUCAAACAUGGGUGAUUUGGAGACUGAUUUAACACUCUGACUCGUGUCACAAACCAUUACAGACAGCUACUUACGCUGGAUUACAGCCUGUGUGUUGUAGGACAACUUCAUUUGAUCAAUGAUUGCUUCCAGAAGAAAAUUACAAACACUGCCAACUUUUACAUUUGCACAAGCCUUAAAAGAAAAUGUUCCUCUUAACUUCAUCUCUUUCAAUAUGUUCAGCAAUGUGUGUUUUUUUUAAGAAACUAGAAUUGGGGGAUGAUAUAUAUGGUUAAAAAGGCAUUUUUAAAAGUGUAUUGUGGAUGCUUUUGCUUAUGGGGAAACAGCAGCCCUGCUGAAAAAGCUGAACUUAGGUAAAAAAAAUGAAUGGCAUAAAUUUACUGGAUUAUUAAAAAAAAUUAUAUAGCUCAGUAAUUUCCUUCAAAAGAGGAAUAAUUUCAGAUUCCUUAGUUUAUUUUAAUGAUUGUGGUAUACAUGCAGCUAAUAAAAACAAAAAGUUUAGUUUCUCAAAAAUAAUUUUGCAACAUAUGUGUUUCAGUCACUAUGAAAUCUGGUAUGAACUGUAAUUGGUUUUGUAUUUGGUUUAUUUUUGGUUAUUGAUUUUCUUUGCAAUAACCAAAAAUUAUUUCUUUGUGUUGAAGAGCUUAGUUAUUUGUGUUCCCAGGGUUUUGGUUUAGAUUCUCAUCCUAUGAUUAGUUUUUUGUGUUUUUCUGCACUUCCCUUAUAUGUAGGGUGUAAGGAAAAGGAAGAACAAACAAUGCAGAUUUCUGCUUUUGUUUUUAAUUAGUUUUGAUCCUCCAUGCCGUUUGUGUGUAUUUCUCUGUUUACAAUCUGCCCCAGGGCAGCUGCGCCUACAAUCCAGCAGUCAGUGUGUGAAUGUGUACUUGAAUGGGAAUGACUAUUUUAUUGUAAAGCAACUUUGAAGGUCCUGAAAAGCUCAAUAUAAGUCUCAUGUCAUUUCGUUUCAUUAUUAGUAAUUUUCCCUCAACUCCUCUGUUCAGGUUCUCUUCCAGCUGCACCGUAAAGUAUUCACACAUGGUUUAUAUGGAAGCCUACAUAAAUAAAUGUUCAAUUUGCCUAACCGCGGACGCUUUAUAUGUAAACAGGUCCAGUUAUUAUCCAGAAACAUACGUUCCAAUAAGGCCCAACCAGAUUGAGACGUUCAAAUUCAAAGCCUUUUAGGUGCGUUCCGCGGUCGUCAUGGUAACGGAAAGCUUUAGGUUGGUAGGACACCUGGAGGCUGAAAGGAACCUUGGCUCCCUCCUCCUUCCUAUGCAAGUUAAAGUCUGUUCUAAGACAGUCGGAGUAGUUGGAAACCACACGUCAGCUCUAGCCUGUGUGCGGAUAUUUAGAUUUAAUACUGCGACAAAAGACGAAGAGGAGGAACACUUGAUUGCAAGUAGAAACGGUAGGUCGUAACGUUCGCCAUAUUGUGAGUGGCAAGUGAGCUUCCUGAGCAAAUGAAACUCUAAAAUUGACCUUUUAACUAUUUUUCGAUAAAUCGUUUUUAAUGUACGGUAUUUUGUGUUCAUUUUGGUAUCAGUCAUUGGCACUAAAGUUCAACAGUAUCAGCAAAUAAAAAUGAGCGUUCAACCACUUUGAAAUACCACGUGGUUACAAACUUUAACUCAAUUUAAUUUACCUCUGAAAAUAUUUCAAACCAGUUAAUUUAAAUGAUUUUAUUAAGUACCUAAAUUGCAUUGUUCUUUUGUUUAGUCAAAACUUAACAUCAGUUUUAUCAAAUUUUUUUUAGGAUAAGUAAGAUUGAUCAUUUUCCCUUGUCCAUUUUGACAAGCACAAUUAAUUUCCUGAAGGAAAAAAAAAAAGUAUUAAAAACUGGGGUUGUCUGUGUGUGUGGGGGGGGGGGGACCUAAAGACGUCAUACAGAAAAGUGGGCUUUUUAAAUUGCAGCAAUCUAAAACGUGGAAAGUGUAGUGAGAUUAUUAAGCAAAAUGUCACAGGACCUUCCAUUUUUUCAGCAAAUAGCAGAAAAAGAUUCCACAGCAAUUUCUAUAUUUCAAAAUGAUGAUGCUGAAAGUUGAAGGUUCUGCGAUCAAACUUUAACUUUCUGAUUAUGUGUAGUCUUACUGCACUUCCCAUUGUAGUUUAGCAUAAUUUUUCUGCAUGUACUUUUGUGCUCUAAUUAAGAGUACAAGCCUGUAAAUUCCUAUCAACUAAUAAUUUAUCACCACUCUCCGAAUGUCAGGGAGGUUGUAUGUGUGGGGGGGAUGUUCUUGCUGAGCAACUAAAUGAAUAAGAAGAUCUUAGGUUUCUGAGGGAUGCUGCAACUUAUGUUGGACUACAGGAAGAAACACAUUGAAGAAACAAUUUUGAAUACACUUGAAAUAACAUUCAUGUUCUACUUGCAACAUUUGCAUAACAAAAGGAAGCAGAUCAUGUUUCCAGGCUGUGAUGGGCUGUAUCUGUUGUGCUGACUUCAGCUCUCCCCUGCUCACCUGCGUGUUUAUGUUCCAUGUUCUGUGAGCUCUGGGUGGCAUUCAUUCAGUGACGGAUUAUGUUUCACUCCAACCUUAGCAAUUUCUAUUUUUUUAUUCCUCUAUUUUGUAUCUUUAAACCGGAUGUGGUAGCAAACCACUUUACCUGUGAGCUUCUGACUAGGAUCUGCUUAUAAACAGUUCUCAGUAUAUGGAGAUUAAACUGAUCCCUUUAUUCAAAAGCAGUAACAGGCUACCUAAUUCAUACAAAUUAUGUUUCAGAACUACAUGGCUGCUGUGAAAGAAACCACAGAAAGGAGAUGGAGUAUAGCUCAGCCGAGUGUGAGGGCAAAGAGCAGUUUGGCGUGUGUCAAACCAGGAACAUGGAAUCUGGUCCCAUCUCUUUGCGGGCCAAGGUACAGCUUUAAACAGGAUCAGCUCUGUCAUCCCUCCUUCAGGCAACUGCAGGCUAAGAUAAAAGAGGAAAACGAGGAGGUACAAGAAUUACUUGAGCGUUUAUCAAAUCGAGAAAAUGGGUUCAUGAAGGAGAAGGAGUCUUUCCUGACUCAGAGAAACAUAGAAGAGCUCAGGAAGAAGGAGCUCAUACACAAGCGCUGGACUGAAAACGUGUGGUUUCCCAUCCAGAUGAGAGUGGAGAACCAUACCUCCUCCUGCUACUUCAUGGACUCCAUGAGACACCAAAUCAUGCACAGUCAUUACCUCCUACACUGUCAAUCUAAGAUAAGAACAUCGGGCUCAAGGGAGAUACGUCAAUUAAAUCUUCAAUUAAAAAAAAAACUUAAGAGACCAUCUUGUGCUUGUCAAGCAGGAUCUAAACCCACCUCCAAUAAAACCUUGGAGCGACCUCAGACUGGUUCCUCUCUUACCAACUCUCUGAUGUCUCAAGACUAACCAGCUUCUUCAGACCUUAUAGUCUCAUCUGUUUCCUACAUUCAUCAAUGCUCCAGAAAAGGAUGAAGUCAAGGAAAUCGAAGAAGCUGCCGGCUUUCUAGAUGUGAAUGCUUCCAACCAAGAGGUUUACCGCAUCUAAAC